GGGUUUAAAGCGUUUCUUCCAAGAGCCAACGCACUUCUUCCCAAAGCGCGUGAAAAAGAAAAACGAAGCAUACACGGUAUAGCCACGGAAACAGAAAGACGACAGAGAGAUAGAUAGUAGUCGGCAGCAACAGCAGCAAUGGGCGGAUGCUUUUCAGACACGAGGGGCGGUCAACAGGCCGUUGGUGGGGCCCUCAGGCCCCACACCUUUGAUCAACACGGUGGCCCCGAACCCAACGACGCCGUCGAUUUCUUCAUGAAAUCCCGCGGCCUCCAUGGCCUCUUCACCCAACUCGAGCUAUCGUUAUCUGCCUCAAAACUACGUGAUCUUGACAUCCUCUCUAAGAGUGAUCCCAUGGCGGUAAUGUAUGCAAAGAAAAGAGAUGGCACACUUGAAGAACUUGGCCGUACAGAAGUGAUAAUGAAUACGUUAGAUCCUGUUUGGAUUUCAAAGCUUACAAUUGCUUAUCACUUUGAGAUUGUUCAGCCAUUGGUGUUUCAAGUGUAUGAUGUUGACACUAUAUAUCAUAAUAUCCCCGUGAAGAUGCUGAAGUUAAGUGAGCAGGAAUUUCUUGGUGAAGCUAGUUGUGUUCUGUCAGAGAUAGUUACCAAGCAUAGUAAGAGUUUGACUCUACCUCUUCAAGGCAGAGAUGGGCAAAAAGGGAUGAAGAACAUGGGCACGAUCACUGUCCAUGCAGAAGAAACUGUUGCUUCGAGAACAUAUGUGGAGAUGAUACUCCGAUGUUCUAAUCUAGAGAACAAGGACCUCUUUUCUAAAAGUGACCCUUUCCUUAUAAUAUCUAGGGUUGUGGAGAGUGGUGGUUCUGUUCCAAUUUGCAAGACAGAAGUGGCAAAUAACAAUUUAAAUCCAACUUGGAAGCCUUUGCUUCUGACAAUGCAGCAAUUUGGAAGCAAGGAUAAUCCGCUGGUUAUUGAGUGUUUUGAUUUCAAUAGCAAUGGCAGGCACGGACGUAUAGGGAAACUUCAGAAAACCCUGGCAGAAUUGGAGAAACUUCAUAACGAGAAAACUGGAGCACAUUUUUAUUCAGCGUCUUCUGUUCAGGACCAUAAAAAGAUGCUGAAGGGUCAGCUCUUUGUGGAUAAGUUUUGUGAAGAUGUGCAAUAUAGUUUUUUGGAUUAUAUUUCUAGUGGAUUUGAGCUCAAUUUCAUGGUUGCCAUUGAUUUCACUGCUUCAAAUGGAAAUCCUCGACUCCCUGAUUCCUUGCAUUAUAUCGAUCCUUCAGGCCGAUUAAAUGCUUACCAGCAGGCCAUAUUAGAAGUUGGAGAGGUCAUACAAUUUUACGAUUCAGAUAGACAUUUUUCUGCAUGGGGUUUUGGAGGAAGGCCCAUUGAUGGGCCAGUAUCUCAUUGUUUUAAUUUGAAUGGAAGGGCUAAUGAGUCAGAGGUUGAAGGAAUAGAAGGUAUAAUGUCAGCAUAUACAAGUGCUCUUCAUAACAUUUCUCUUGCUGGGCCAACUUUGUUUGGGCAAGUGAUUAACAAGGCUGCAAAAAUGGCUAGCAAUGCACUCUCCUAUGAUCAGACCAAGUACUUCAUCUUGCUUAUAAUUACGGAUGGAGUUAUCACUGAUCUUCAGGAAACCAAAGAUGCUCUCGUGAGGGCAUCUGAUUUACCGUUAUCAAUCCUUGUAGUUGGAGUAGGAGGCGCUGAUUUCAAAGAUAUGGAGAUCCUGGAUGCGGAUAAUGGACAACGGUUAGAAAGUUCGACGGGGCGCGUAGCUACACGUGAUAUUGUACAGUUUGUUCCAAUGCGUGAAGUGCACAGUGGACAGAUCUCGAUCGUGCAAUCACUCCUGGAAGAGCUGCCCGGGCAGUUCUUAUGGUAUAUGCGGAAUAGGGAUAUUAAGCCACGUUACGAUGCUGAUCCCCAAACAUCCCAAGCAUCCGUUUCAUUAUCGUCAAGCACACUGGAUUUAGAUUCGUCUUAUUAACACUUGGUUCAAAGAAUUUCCAUCGAAGGGUCUCAUUGAGGCAGUGCUUUUUGAGCACUCUCCUAUGGCGAUAGUGUACAUGCUCAGAUUCAUUUUCUUUAUAUAUAUAUAUAUAUAUAUAUUCCAUUGUUUAAGGAUCAUGCUAAUGAAAUUCUUGUGCAGUUAAAACUAAGAAAUGGCAUAUUCGUUAACGUUGUAGGUGGUUUCGCUAAUGCUCUUGGUCUUUUUC